CAGCAGCAGCAGCAACAACAACAUGCAGCAGCUGUUGCAGAGGCUGUUGCAGCCGCCGAACAGCGACAACGCUUGCUCGAAGGUAUUUUGCACAUUUUGGUACACUGCUAUCUGAUCAGAGAUCUUUCUGAUCUAUAUAAUACCCCCUAUAUACAUACAUACUCGUUUUAAACAAACAAAAAAAAAGUGUCAACUCUGUGUAAAUUGUAUAAACAAAAUGAGAAGAAAACAAGCGAACCUAGUUAUUUAGUUUAUUUAUCUCCCCACUCCAUUUGGGUUUUUUGUGCCAUUUGAAUUUGUUUAUGAAAAACACUCGGAAAAGAACUCAACGUAUACAUUAAUAUGUGAAUCGAAUCGAAGCGAACACUCUUUUCUAACGAACAUUCUUUAAACGGCGUUUUGGUUAAGUUUUAAGUUAUUUUUUUAUACAUCACCUCAGAAAAUAUCCUAUAAGUGAAAGUGUUAUUAAAACGGACAUCAAAUAAGAAAAUUAAUAUAUCAUAAUACCUCAAAAAGAACUAAGAAAAUGGGCAAUAAAAGCCUCAAAAUAUCAUGAAGUGCCUAUCAAGUGUUGUGCAAAAGAACUAUUAAAUAAUCAUUAAUCUUUAAAAUAAUAAAUCAUAAGAAGAUAAGGUUUCUAUAAACAAACAAAAAAAAGCUACGGCUUUCCAUGAAAAUAAAUACAAAUAAAAAUAGCUAAUGCUUCUUAAUACACAUUUUACAUAAUCUUUAAUACAAAAGAAACUCGGGUUUCCAAUUUUAUAAAGAAAAUUAAAUUACUUAAAGAAUCUAAAGCGAAGAUUUCCAAUUCUUCGUUUUUUCGCUCUUUCGUCGUCUUCGCGGUGUACAGUUUUCGUUUUGCGACCACUUUUCGUUUGCCUACGUGCCAGAAGAGGAAGCAGUUGAAGGAGGGGAAGAAGUGGAGAGGUGGAGAGAAGAAGAAGAGAGCCAACGUGUCUGCGCCCCUGCCCUGCCCCUAGCCCCAUCUCUUUCUCACUCUCUCUAUGCCCCCUCACACUCUUUCUUGCCGAGCUUAAAACAAAAUACCAAAGAAAAUAAAGAAGUAAAUAAGUGACAGUGCAUAACCAAAGAGAAAAUAAAUUUAAAUUAUUUUUCUGUUACAAUUGUGGUGUAAAAAGUGAAUUCCAAAAACAUUGCCUCGUGUGUUAAAUACAAAAAUAAAUAUAUUUAAUAAAAGGCGCCAAAAAGUCGCAGACAUGUGCGUGCGUGUGUGUUUUUGCAACUGAUAAGAUUAUUAAAUUGAUUUAUGAGCUCUUAAUUGGCGCCAAUCAAUCAAUUUACUGCAAUGUGGGGCAACACACACGUACACACAUAUGUUUUGCCUCAAUAAAAUAUUAUUAAUACAUAAAUAAUCACUCGCUGAAUAAAUACAAAUACAAAAUAAAAUACGUGUUUGCACAACAAAUACAAAAUAAAAAAGAAGAAAGAAAAAAUGCAAAGUCAAUAAACUUUUUGUAUGACAAAAGAGUGUUCGAAAAUGCCGCAAAAAAGAGAAGGGGAAAAGCUUUUCAAAUCCAUACAUAUAAAUACAUAUGUAUAUACGGAAAAAAGCUUUCUAGAGCCCAUUGUGUGUGCGCCGAGUUUUUUGCAAGUGUUUUUCAAAAAUAUUUUCAGUUUUGCCACAAAAAAAUGUAUAUCAAUAUCAGUCGUCGUUGUUUGUUUCCCACAGUGUAUGCAACUUCGAAAAUGCCGCGAAGAUUCAAAUUCAAUCAAGUUCGCCAAUCAAGUUCGAUGCAAAUGCCAAUGCAAAUGCAAAUCCUAAAGCGAAAGCAAGAAAUCAAAAUGAAAAUAAUGGCAGGUGUGGUUGUUCAAGUGCCAGAGAUAAUGCCAGAGAUAACGAAGAAAUCGAAAUCGAAACCUAUAUCGAGAUCGUGUUCAAGUUCAAGUGGUUGUGACCCUCGCAUCGAAUCAAAAUCAAUAUCAAUAUCAUUAUCAGCCAGAGAUUGACGACGGGAUGCGGCCAAUUCCACCGACCAUGUCACGAACUUACACGAAUGAUUGCAACGCAUUGAUGAGAUCGAGAAUCUCAAGCUGGAACAAGUCCGCAUGGGCCAGCAAUGCGCAGAUGCCCAGCGACGCGAGAAGAUUCUCAUGCGACGGCUGGCCAACAAGGAACAGGAAUUCCAGGACUAUGUGAGCCAAAUUGCCGAGUACAAAGCCCAGCAGGCGCCAACUGCCUUGGCCUUGCGCACUGCCCUCCUUGAUCCUGCGGUCAAUCUCUUGUUCGAACGGCUCAAGAAGGAACUGAAAGCCACCAAGGCCAAGCUGGAGGAGACCCAGAAUGAGCUAUCCGCUUGGAAGUUUACUCCGGACUCCAAUACGGGAAAGCGCCUGAUGGCCAAGUGCCGACUGCUUUAUCAGGAGAACGAAGAGCUAGGCAAGAUGACCUCCAACGGCAGACUGGCCAAGCUGGAGACCGAACUGGCCAUGCAAAAGAGCUUCAGCGAAGAGGUCAAGAAAUCGCAGUCGGAACUGGAUGACUUUUUGCAAGAACUGGACGAGGAUGUGGAGGGCAUGCAGAGCACCAUUCUGUUUCUGCAGCAAGAACUGAAAACCACUCGUGAUCGCAUACAAACGCUGGAAAAGGAAAACGCUCAGCUGAAGCAGGUUACCAAGGAUGAGGUUGUGGCACCGGCGGCAGCCACCAAUGGUGGCACCAUCAACAAGACAAUAGGCAAACUGGAGACUAUCGAUGAAAAUGAAUGCCUGGCGAAUAACCCAUCGAAUCUUGACUGUUAUAAUGGCAAUACUAACAACGAUCAGAUCGUGGCCGUGCCACAGAUACCACCAGUAGAUGAUAGCAAUAGCAACGGGAAUGCAGCGCGAUUAGCCCGCAAGCGAAACUAUCAAGAGGAGGAAACACCGCCUACGGUGGUGGUGAUGGUGCCCACGCCAACUCCCACGCCAGUUGCAAAUAUCGUCCAGGAAGCGCCGCCAAUUAGGGAAGUUACCGCCCCACGCACUCUUCCGCCCAAAAAGUCCAAGCUGCGAGGCUUAACCACGCGACGCAACUCGCAACUGGAGGAGGAACAUCAACCCGUGACGACACCAGUAGCCAUGCCACUGAUCCUGGAUAACGCUGUGGCCGGAAUGGCCAGUGAGGAGGCCGCUGCCGCUGCUGCAGCAAUAAGCAACAACACCGCAGAAACGGGUGUGGUAGUGGGAGCUCCGAUGGAGGCCAGCGAUCCAGCUGCUCCGGUGGCACCUGCUCGCAUCCUGACCCGACGUCGAUCCGUCCGCAUGCAGCAGAAUGGAAGCGGACCCGUUGACUACUCAACUUAAGCGCUGGCGGACCUUUUUUACAAAAAAAGGAUGCACUCCUUAUGAUUUCGUCAUAUUGAUCGUUAAUUUCCGACGUUUACUUUUGUGAAUUGAGAUUUCAAAACAGAGAGAGACUUCAUUUUUAUAAUUUUAACCUAUCAUAUUAGAUUCUUUUAUUUUUUUACACAAUGUCUUGUAAAAUACGUUUAUUAUUUUGUUUGCAUGCAGAAUAGGCAUACAUAAUACGCGAAUUAAUCAGAAGUCACUGCUAUACAUACGAGAUACAUUAUGUAGAACUGUGUAACACUUCAACACAUAUAUUUACAAAAAGAAAUAUGAUCGAGCUAAACGAUUACCUAUUUAUGUUUGUUUAAAAUCACGGCAACUACUGAAGAGCUGAGAAAAGUAACUUUGACAAAACAAAACUCGUCAUUUAGCUAAAUUAGAUUUUAAUUAUGAACUUAAGGCAAUUUUGUAAUACGAUGAAAGUUGUGUAAAAUAAUAUAAACUUGUGUUAAAAUAAAUUGUUAAGCAUAACAAAGAUUUCAAA